AUGUCUCAAGAAAUUGAUUAUGAUAAUAUUAACCUUGAUGAAAUUGAUUUUGAUAAAAUUGAUUAUUCAGAUACCGAUUUUUUACGACCAUUAAUUCAAAAAACUCCUUUACCUGCUUUAACAAUAUUUCCUAUUGAAAUUUGGACACAAAUAGUUUCUUACGUUAAUGAUAUUCAAACUUUAAAAAGUUUAAUUUUAACAUGUUCAAUAUUAAGAGAAAUUUUAAAAGAACCAUUAAUGACACAAAUGGUUAAAUGUGAACCAUUGAAUAAAUUAUUUGAAUUAACAAAAGAAUGUAUGAGAAAAGAAAAAAAUGAUGAUAAAGAAAAUCAAAAAACAGAUAUUAAAGAAAUUAUUUUCAAGAUGCAUAAAUAUGUUGAUAAAGUCGUAUAUAGUGAAAGUGGUCCAUCUAAAUGGACUGAUGAUAUACUUGAAUGGGAUGGGUAUAAUGAAAAGUUAGAUCUUUCUACUAACCAAGAAGCAUUUAGACGUGAAGUUGGACGUAGAGGAAAAGCUAGAGCUAAAGCUUAUAUUGAAUGGGAAUUGAAGGUUGAAAAUGAAAAGAAAGUUUUGAAAAGAGAGUUGGCUAAAUGUUGGGCAGUCACUGGAAAGAUGUUUCCAUUUAGUCAUGCAGAAAAUCGAGAAUGGAAGAGAAGACGUCAAGAGAAGUCAACUUCUGACCAAGAUAGCUCAUUAAUACCAAAGGAAAAUAAAGCCUCUCGUCAACCAAAACAACAUCAGCAAAGUACGAAAACUUGUGGUGUUUCCAAAAAUAGUCCACAACCAAGAUUCUCCAAACAAAAACAUCAUGAAACAGAAAAUUCUCAAACUAGCGGCUCAUGGAAAUUUUCACAUGAAGUACGUAAUCAAAGUAAGCCUAAAAGACCGAAUAUUGGAAAAGGUGAAGAGGAAUAUAAUAAAAAAAUUCUAACGGCACAUGUUACACCGACGCACUUUAAUAAUGGAGCAUCUUUUGAAGGAUUACCACACGAUGUGUUGACCAAUGUUAUGAUUAAAAUGUUAAAAAGGUUCUAUGGAAGCAAUGAAAGGGUAUUGAAGUUUCCUAGUGAUUUAAGUGGAUAUCAGAGGAAGCAAUUGCAUCGUCAAGCUGAAUUGCUAGGAGGAUUGAAAACUAUUAGUUUUGGUGAAGGUGCUGGGAGAUUUUUAGUCGUUAUGCGAGAAGACGUUGAGAUCAUGGAAUAA